AUCUGUGACAAGUACAUCAAUAAUAUCAGCCACCCCAGGAGCAGAGCAACUACAUGUCAACAAAAAGUGCAUAAUUUUCAGCCUAGCAUUGACAAAACACAAUCACAUGACAGUCUAAGCAUAUAAACAAAAGCAAGAACAAGUAAAUCAGAGAUAAAUCUGAAGAAUGUAUGCAACCCAAAAGGAAGAGGGAAUGAAAGGGGAAUCAGGGCAAACUGUUCUUGUAGUUGAGUUGGGACCUAUGAACUAUGCUACUGAUGAUUGCAAGCAAUCUUGUCCUUUGUCAUCAGUUAUUUACCCAGACAACUUCUUGGAGAACAUUUUGCAGAGAAAAAUAUAUCAAGGGUUUAGCAUGUCAGCCAAGAUCUUGGGAGGCCAAAGUGUGAGAGCUGAAUUGAUGGUAAAAGGCAUGGGAGGGGAGCACCUUUGGAUUCACUCUUCAUUCAAAUAUCCAGUUAAGAGGCACUUCACCAGGGAACUACUACAAGAUACUUCAUCAUGGGGCAGGUUCAGUUCUCCCCUUAACUCCUAAUACCCACAACUAGUAUUUUUUGUAAAACUUCAUCAGAAAGCAGGAAGCUUCAGACAGGUGAUGCAUCAAUCUAACUCAAUGUAGUGCCAUGAACAAUCAAAUGAGUGAAUUGUUCAGCAGAGCCCAAUAUAUAGAAGAAAAAUUUAUUUGUUCUUUGAUUGUCCUCUCAUUGAAAAAAUGGACAAAUGAAAUAGCUGAAAUCCUUGAGCCCCAUUAUUAGACCUUGCUCCCAAUACUUAGACAAGAGCAAUCCAUGAAAGAUGCCGAAACCCCACGCACCAAGUAACAUCUCUUUUCAAUACUAUUCUUUGUCUAAAUAAGUUUUCUAUGUUACAAUUAUUUUCAUUUCAUUAAGUAAAAGAUUCUUAUCAAGAGAUGUUGGAGGAUGCAAGCUUACAAGAAGAGCAAAUCAUUUCAAUCUUCUGAACACUAUCAUCCGGACUAUAUUAUUGAUGGAUCAUAUUUCAGAAUCACAUAGU